UUGAUUAUGACAUGGAACACAGAUGUAUGUUAAAACUGUUUUUCGUUAUAUAGGCCAGCGACAUUUCAUUUUCCGUUGAUGGUAUUGUAGUUUAUUUGUGUUACAAUGGAGCCCAGCGAAGAAAAUGUGCAAAUGCUCAUAAAUAUGGGAUUUGGAGACCUUGCAGAUAUCAAGAAAGCGCUCCGCCUUGCACAGAACGACGUGAACGAAGCAGUGGCAAUUCUCACACAGGAACAACCGGGUUUGAGUUACGACACCGUGGAGGAGGAAACAAAUAAGGAAGCGCCGCCACCGGGAACUCUCCGGCGGACUUACGGACCGCAACACCGUCUCGCACCAGACCCGCCCCCUCCUUCAUAUGAUGAAGCUGUAGAACCAGUGGAGGAUGAAGAUCCAAGUUCCAGCAGUGGGGAAGCAAGAGAGGAAGAAAGCAUGGAAGUCAACAAGGAGUUCCCUACAGGAAACCUCUAUGAACUCGAGGGAAGAGUCUUCACUGACCAGUGGUCUAUACCUUACAAGAAAGAGGAGUCGCUGGGCAAAUGUUUGAUUGCUGCCACCAGAUUUGCCAGUGAAGGUCGUAUGGAGAGCGAUGAGAACUGCAUGCGCUUUGUGAACCGCUGCAUGCCCGAAGCGUUCCGUAAGCUGCUGACAUCCAAGGCGGUCCACCGAUGGGGUGCCGAGAUCCAUGAGGGCAUAUAUAACAUGCUUCAGCUCCUUAUCGAGCUGGUGGCUGUCAGGCUGAAGCAUAAACCUGUCCCGUUGGAGCUUCUUGAAGUGCUUGCAAUGGCUUUCAAUCCAGAGACAGAGUUCCAUUAUAAGAACAGGGCCAAGAAAUGGGAUCAUAUAUUCUGGGAAGAGAAGUUUGGUGUGAAUCACACAUUUGCUGUUAGUCCUCCCUUUGAGACAUACAAGGACCCAUGUGGAUGGCUUGUCAAUCUUAUCAAUGCUUUUGCCCACCAUGGAGGGAUGGAUCAAAUCCGGGAUAGAGUUUUGGAAUCUAUUGAUGAUGUCGACCCAACGACUUUAUCUGUAUUGAUGCAGCCGCUGGGAUACUGUGGAGAGUACCUGAACCCUCUGAAGUUUGGCCCAUUCAUGGCCCUGGUAGAGAAACAGGUCCUCAAGUACGUCCAAGACCUCAAGGAACAUGAACUCAAGAGGAAGAAAACCGGUAGCAUCUCUGAGCUGUUGACGACGAUGAAGUCUCUUUGCCUUUACUUCUGGGUAGAUGAUGUAAAGAAGGUGGAUGACCUGAGGAUGAGUGUGGCACUGCGGAUGCUCAACUCACCUCACUUCAAUGCAAAGAUGAAUAGUCUCAAAGAGAUUACCAAGAUGAUCGAGGACACGAGUAUAUCAAGCAGAAAUCGGAAUGCUAUUGAAGAAGAGGUCAUCCUAGACUGGCUUGUAGAUAAUAAAGUACUAUCACGCCUUGUAAUAGCUCUUGAAGGUAAUAUAGACCAGUCCCAGUACGCCGAUAAGCUGAAAGGCAUUGUUGAGUUUCUUGGACCAAAGCUCUCCAUCGAAGAUCUCACUAAGAUAUGGAAGAUGCAGAAUGACCAACCACUGACCGUAGUGGACAAUAUCCAUUCCAUCAUGGCUGCUGCAGCGGUCAAGUUCAGUAGCGAGCAGCUUGAACAUCUCUUCCAUCUCAUUCAAAAGGCCUGGAAGUAUGAAAACGAGCGGGUCCAGGAGAAGCUUCUGAGUCUGAUCGGGAGGAUAGGUCGAGAUGCCAGGAGUCCUAAGACCACCUGUAAGGUCCUGGAACUACUCUGGGACCUGGCCCACUUACCGGCCAUCCCCAAGAACCACAUGGAGCAUGCCCUAGAGGAACAUCUCUUCAUCCUCAGUGACUCCUUAGCCGUUGGGAUGCAGAUCAAGAAUAAAUAUGUUGCCAAGUGUGUGGACGACAUCAAGAGGUCACAAUUUGUCGUCCCAGCCAUGAGGCAAAUUCACCAGAUAGCUAAAGGCAUUACCAAGCAGAGUUACAGCAAAAGUGAUAAGAGUUUACCCCAGGAGCUGAACAAGGCCUAUGACAUCAUCAAACUGACAACCCAGAGUCUAAUGAAGUGUCACAAGAUGGCCAUCAAUGCUGCGGGUCAGGACGGCCUGUCGGGAAAUACGGUAGUGGAUGGAAAAUACACACAUUGCGAGCAUGUGGAGAUCCAUCUGAAGUUCCUUGCUUUCAUUCUCCAAGAGGGCGCCCUCUACCUUCACUGGCAUCGUGCAAGGGAGAUUUGGGAUACGUUAGUAGCCAACCCUGAGGCUUGUGAGGCAGAUCGUGAGACCUGUUACGAAUGGUUCCGUCAUGGUUUAGCAGACCUGGAGACAGAGACUCAGAUGCAGCUGUUCAAAGACAAGCUCCUAAGAUUAGAAUCCACCCACCUAUCACCCAUCGGCUUUGAUUGUGUACGAGCGUUCUUUGAAUCUAUCAACAUGAAUAAUCACAGUCUACGCAAGGGAGCUACAGGAUUGAUUGUAGAGAAACUGGAUCUGUUUGGUCUUGAUUUCAUGUGGAAGAUGGUUCUAGAGUCUACCAAUGAAUCUAUUGCUGAGAUGGCUAUUAGGCAGAUCAUGAGCAUGUCUUAUACUAAUCUCUCCCAAAGACUUAAAAAGGAUGUACUGGACCUACACAAGCAUUUCAUCUCGGAAUGUUAUAAGCGUCUGGAGCUAGCUUACAUGGCAGUCAAAGGCACGGCCAUGGCGGAGGCUGUUGCCAUGGCAACUAAGACAUUGACAGCAGCGACGGUCCCCGAGGCAGCCAUUGUACCCUGCCCUUCAAGGGCGGGUAAGCUGCUGGAAAUAGAGAGGCUUCUGCAGUUAGCGGAGACCUACGUAGUCACUGUCGAGGAUCAAUUCACCUCACCGCGCACGAUACUUCCACAUGGAGCGUCUUUCCAGGGUCAUACUAUAACAAUGCAUGCGACCUGUACCGACUCACAUCGGAGUGAGUUUGUUAUAGUGGGUCACAGUAAUGAAACCUUACAGAGUGUAAGACACAAGAUAGCACAACGUCUCAAGACAACACUAGAUAAUGUUCAGAUCAUGGCCAAUGAUCGUCUAAUGCUGACCACAAAAGAUCAGAAGCUUUUAUCAGAGCUGGAGUUUGAUGAGGAGCAAGAUCUCAACAUCAAGCUUCAUGGACCGGUCAGUUCAACGGUCAGCAGUAGUGCCCGCAUAGAUGAGAACAUGUCAAGUUUUGGCCAGCAAUCUGAACUGGAGCGUUCAUUACCUGGUGUUGUCAUGGCAACAGGGGGUCAAGUUUUUGACAUGCUUUACCAACUUGCCGACUUGGAUGAACCAAGGAUAACAGAACGAGUUCGCAAACUUCUUAUGAUGAUUCCCACUGAUCCGUCUAUUCCAGAAUCACUAGAUUCUAUAUGUAGGCAGACUGCUGAUAGCGUUACUAGUCUAGGAGGAGAAACAUCAGGGUCUGAAAGCAAUAAGGAUUCUUCUAGGGCUACUCUCGAAGGCCUCUUCAGGGCUAAUAGUACACAUGGCAUGUCAGCAUUCAGAGUUCUCUAUAAUCUUGAGGUUCUGAGCAGCAAGCUGAUGCCUUCGAUGCAGGAAGACAUUGGUACCCAGACCAGUGCCCAGAACUUCAGAGAGAGCUUCCUCAACGCAGGAGGCCUAAGUCUAGUCAUCAAUGCCUUGCAGAAAGAUUCCAUUCCACAGGACGUCGAUGAUGAUACCAGGAGAGGGUGUUAUUCUAUAUGUCUCCAGCUGGCUAGGUUCCUACUAUGUGGGCAAACCACCACCGAUCUGAAGGAGAGCGAUCUCUCCCUAAAUGACAGCAGUGUCUUUGAGACCUCUGGAGCGGAUUCCUCUACUGUCUUCUCAUCCAGCUAUGGUAGCUCACCCCGUAAGAUGAGCCUGGUGGAGAGGAUGUCCAGUGUAGAGGCCAGUGGUGACCUUGCCAACAGGGAGGGGACCUCAGUUGCAAUAACGGUCAUUCAGACAAUGAAUGCCAAUGACUUCACAUCAAUGAUAGCAUGCCUUAUGAGGGUAACUUGGGCGGCUGCUGCUGGUCAUCUGAGGUUAGCCAGUGGUAGUCAACCUAUCAAGGAGGUGGCUGGUGGAGGCUUUGCUAUGGGAAUCGGUAGGAGGAGUAGACAUAGCAGUGCAGGGAGUACAAAUAGUUCAUCGAGUCAUGAUAGCGAGUCGCAGGCAUUACACGCAGGGAUCUGUCUCAAUACUGUGGCAGUCAGCGGGAAGGACGCUGACAUAGCAAGGGAAGCUCUAGAACUCCUUGUAGCAUGUCUGCAGCUUAGGACACAUAACUUAGGUGCCUUCUACAAUCUACCUGGGGUGAAUGACUUCAUCAUCGACAUCCUCCUGUCUUCCCCACACCCUGAGGUGAGGGGCGCGGCCCUAGAACAGUUCUACACCCUCACCUCCACCAGUAUCAGCAACGAGAGUGUGCGGAUCCUUCACCCCAGGGACUUCAUGCUCCAGGUCUUGCUCCAGGCUAGGGUGCCUCUCUGGACCUCCAGUUCACUGGUUAGAGGAGCUAAUCAAAGAAUUCUGAACCAAUCUGCACAGUACUUUGAAUUGAGAUGCCGUCUUCUAGAAGGGUUGAGAGUGAAUGAACAGAAGUUCUUGAAGGUCAACAUUGUAUCAAUGUUGGGUGACGAGAUCGACUGGUUACAUAACUUUGAGCCGGGAGACUCAGAAGACAUGAAUCUAUCCAGUACAGACAACACCAUUGUAGCGGGUCACCUACAUCUGAUCAGGACGCUACUCACUUGUGAAGGGGUUGACAAGAGGAAAAUAGGUGAAAGACUACUAAACAGCUUGUUGAAUGAGUAUCUCUUCCCAGCAUCGCGUCUCGUCAUGCAUCAAGGAGAUCACAGUGAGAAGGGAGACUCAAGACGAGAUUACAAUUCAAAGAUAUCUGGUAAGGAGUCGCGUGUAGCAGCUUUUGAGUUACUGGUUGUACUAUGCGAAGGUUGUCCGUACAAUCUACAGAGGAUCGCAUCACAGCUUAUCAAUAUGCAUCAUCAAUUGGACCCUUCCAUUGCCAAAGAGUGGGAGUUCUUGCCACCCGUAGAAGGUAGGAUGACUAAGUAUGUUGGUCUGAAGAACGGAGGUGCUACCUGCUACAUGAACUCUGUCAUUCAACAACUAUACAUGACUCCUGGCAUCAGGGAGGGUAUCCUAGCUGGCCACACACCCGAGAAGGAGAAGGGAGAGGACAGUAUCUUCUAUCAGAUGCAGAAUGUCUUUGGUCAUCUCCUAGAGAGCAAGCUACAGUACUACGAGCCAGAGAGGUUUUGGAAGGUCUUCAAGUUCUGGGGGGAGCCGGUCAACAUCAGGGAGCAGCAAGAUGCCUUUGAUUUCUUCACCAUACUCACUGAUCAGCUGGAUGAGUACCUCAAGCAAUCUGGUCAGAAAGAAGUGAUGAAACAGAAGUUUCAGGGUCUGUAUCUCAAUCAAAUGAUCUGUCAAGACUGCCCUCACAGGAAGGAGAGAGAAGAGGAAUUCUUUGCUUUGAAUCUGACCGUCAAAUCCAACAAUCUUAAUGAUUCUUUAGAGCAGUUUGUCAGGGGUGAGAUGCUGGAAGGGGAGAAUGCCUAUCUAUGUGAAGAGUGCAAUGAAAAGAGGAAUACUAUAAAGAGGACGUGCAUAAAGACACUGCCACCUGUACUUGUAAUCCAGCUCAAGAGGUUUGGAUAUGACUGGGAGGCCGGGAGAGCUCUCAAGUUUGAUGACUACUUCAAGUUUCCAUGGGUGUUGGACAUGGAGCCGUUCACAUCCAAGGGUAUGGCACGUAGAGAGCAGCAGCAGCAGUCUGAUGAUCCACCCAGUCCUAUGAACUAUCAGAGAAAUGUCUCCUCCCAGAGUUCUACCGAUGAUCUCUACCAAUUGGUGGGUGUGGUUGUUCACAGCGGGCAAGCCAACGCCGGCCAUUACUACUCCUUUAUAAAGGAUAGGGGAGGUACAUCCAUCACUAACAUCAGCAAGGGGAAGUGGUUCCGCUUCAACGACACCCAGGUUGAAGAGUUCAUCAUGUCUGACGCUGCCCUCGAGGCCGAGUGCUUUGGAGGCUCCUUUAGGUCCAAGUCCAAUGAGACAUCAGGUUCAUAUGGACCAGAGAAUCGAUUGAGGACGUGGAGUGGGUACAUGUUGUUCUAUGAGAAAAUGGAAGGCAUGAGAAGUCCAGACCCGAUGGCCAGACUAGGACGCAAGGGAUAUCAUCAUGGUGAUAUUCAUGGGAGUAUGGAUGGCCUUAGUUCACCUGAACUCUCCCCAACGGGCGACAGGAUGAGUGAACUCUCUGCUCUGGUCCACAAGGGUGAGAAGAGAGGAUUCUUCAUGGAUAAGAUGCCUGCAGCCAUCCAGAGACUGAUAGAGGAUGAGAAUCUACAGUUCUUGAGGAACAGGGCAGUCUACAACCAAGAGUACUUCACCUUUGUCCGAAAACUGGCAUCCUGCAGUCUGCACAUGACAUACCAUCCAGCCUACAGCAUGAUGGCCCUACAGAGCAUCAAACUUGCCAUGCACUUUGUUUUCAAUACUCUCUUCAGAACGAAGAAGAAGCUACGGUAUGAUCUUGAGGAUUGGAGAGACCUAAUCGAUAGCAUCGUCAGGGACAGUCCUGAAGCAUGUGAGUGGGCUCUGGAGCUCUUGGCGUCAUCGCAAGGCAGAGACUACCUCAGGGCAUUUCUCCUAGAGUGUCCAAACCAAGAGGUCCGUAUGGCAAUGGCUAAGAUGGUCAAGAGCGUGAUGCAGUGUUUCGUCCAGCGUAGCCAUGACACCCACCAAGUCCACCUCGACACCAUCCUGGAGCAUCUACUAUCCCUCCUGGACAAGGAGGUCCUGGAGCACUGCAGGAGCUGCGUUGAGUACUUCUGGCUGCUCAGCAUGUACCUGGAGCUUGGAUCUGACACCUGUGAACAUUUAUUCAGAAGGAAAGCUUUCCAUAGACUCAUCACAUUCCUGAUAGGACCUCCCUCGGAGCUCAACGACAUGGACAUCCAGACCAGACGAUGGACAUCACUCCAAACUAGAGAAUUUGGAUUCCUUCACACCAUGCUUGCUGCUAUGGUCCUACACACAGAUGUAUCUCCACAUUGGUCUGUUGACCUUGGUACCAAGCCAAAGAGGAGACCAAUCUUGAUCUUGGAGAACCUGAACAGAUUCCUACCCAUCCCAGAAGACAUGAGACAUAUAUUAUUCGGUCCACCUUGCCUUAAAUAUAUUAAGGAGUCUGUGUUAGCUUUCCGUGAAGUCCAUUCUUCAACCACGCCCAUCCUUGAUAUGUUACUACACUGUAGCUUCUGCAACCAGGGAUUCACAUUGAAUGUCAUGAUGAUCAUACAUAGUCAAGUAUCAUCUGCACCGUCCAAUGAACUGAAGGCUAUCUUUGUACUGCUGCUAGAGCUGUUACUUCUUGAUGAUCCUCUACAGUUAGGAAGAUUAAAGCUGGCCAUGGAAGGCAAUGAUAACAAUGGCUUAUUCAGUAUCAUCAGGAACUGUACAGGCAACGACAGUCGUCGGUCUUACCAGUGCAUCAAGUUCUUGGUUCAUUUAUCCAACAAGUCACCACUUGCCAAAGAAUACCUGACAUCGGUCUCCCAGAAGUGGCAUUGGGCCGUCAACUGGCUCAAGAAGAAGAUGACAGAGCACUACUGGAACCCACAGAGUUCCAUCUCCAACGAGUCAUCAACCAGCAAGGGUUUCCAACGCACCAUGAGUGCUCAGGACACCCUGGCAGAGGCUACCGCCCUCCUGACGGAACUCACCACCCAGGACGAAGACGAGGACGACGAUGCUAUCACCAAGGAAGAGGAUGAGGGAGACGAGACUACAGAGGGCACUGUCACGCCAAGGAUGGAGGUCAACGGGUCAUCAGAAGGGUCGGAGGUCAACGGAAACAGCGGGGAGAAGCCGACGGAAAGGAUAAGUGGGAUAGAUGAUGUGGAUGGGUAACUUGAUGA